UCGUUGUUCACUUUCGGUUGAAGCAGACUUGUUUCUGGUCGGCGUUCGGAAUCGUCGAUCUGAACUUCAUUUUCUAGUGUUGUUGUCGGUCGUUAAAAAAAAAGAACGAGGGAAAUGAUUAAGUUUACUUCAAUUUUAGCUGGCUUCGCGCUGGCCUUUCUGCUGGUCCCUGCUAUUGCUAUGGCCGCCGAAAAGUCAGCCGCAGCAGCAGAUGAUGCGCAGAAAGAUGGUGAAAUCAAAAUCUACAAACGACUCAUUCCGGCCGAUGUACUCAGAGAUUUUCCUGGAAUGUGUUUCGCAUCGACUCGUUGUGCUACAGUAGAGCCCGGCAAGACGUGGGAAUUAACGCCAUUCUGUGGCCGUUCGACUUGCGUUCAAAACGAAGAAAAUCCCUCAAAGCUCUUGGAACUUGUAGAAGACUGCGGUCCCUUGCCGUUGUCGCUAGCCAACGAUAAGUGUAAGCUGGAUACCGAGAAGACCAACAAGACGGCGCCAUUUCCCUUCUGCUGUCCUAUCUUCACCUGCGAGCCUGGUGUGAAGCUGGAAUAUCCCGAGGUUGAAAAGGAAGAGGAGAAGAAAAACUAAUCCUCUAAUGUUGACCUUUUUUUGUAAUCAUUUAUCUGUUCUGUCGGCUACCGCUUUGUUUCAACCUAGCCACGUUUUUUCUCAACUGACAGAAUAAUAAUAAUAAACUUUGUCCAAUCAUUUAAAUAAUAGUACGCUU